GAGGGAACAGGCGGAGCCGGGCGUGGGGGCGCUACAGAUUAAGAAGAAGAACGGUUUAGGGGGUUUCCAGUGGAAUUCAGCCGCUAACAGCAGAAGUUGAGACGCAGGAGCUGCAGCACAACACGUAACAAAGCGACCUGUUACCACCUAUGUGUGUGUGUGUUAUUUGUUUUUACCUCAGCUGUGACCCCAUCCGACCUGCUAUGACAAAAUGGUCAUAAUCCUGCGAUUGCAAGGGCUUGAUGUGAAGGCAGGUACUGAAGAUAUAAGGAAAUUCUUUAAAUGCCUUUUUAUACCUAACGGUGGCGUGUACAUAGUGGGAGGAAGUCUCAGAGAGGCUUUUAUCGCAUUUACCACCGAGCGAGAUGGCCAGCUUGCCAUGCAGCACUCUGGAGAUUUACUCAAAGGGUCUGAAGUGACUCUACACAUCAGCAGCAUGGCAGAGCUGGAGCUGAAGUUAAAGUUACAGAUGAAGAGGAAGAAGGAGGAAAGGUUACAGAUGAAGAGGAAGAAAGAGAAGUUGCAGAUGAAGACAAAGGACGUGAAGUUGCAGAUGAAAAGGAAGGAGGAGUUACAAAUGAAGAAUAAGAAGAAACCCUCCCCCACCAGUCAAGGUGUCAAGAGACCUCAACCAUCUCCAGAUGCAAAUCAGCCCUCUUUAAAUGCACUUGAUCAUAAUACUUUAAAUCCACCAUCCUCUACUGCUUGGUCGCUUGAUCCCCGUAUUGCAAAACUGCGACAGCCUUUGCAUCAAAAUAUUUCAACUCUAGAAACUUCAGCUGUGCACACACUUGAUCCCAAUACUGCCUUUCUUCUUGGGAUGUGCACUGUCCUUCAAGGGCUCCAGUCAUCCAAUCCAGGACAAAACGAUGAGGCUGACAGCACUCAUGAUGUGGGUGAUUUUGUAAGGAAACCGGAACUAAGUCUGGACUCAAGCCCCGGUUAUGUCAGGCUCUUUGGGUUGCCUGCCUCAGCUACAAAAGAGGACAUAUGCCAUUUUUUCUCAGGGUUGGAAGUACAGGAAGUUAUUGUGAAUGUGAAGUUGGGACUCAGCCAUGCCUGCCUUGUGAAGUUUGCAAACGUGGAGGAUGCAUGCAAUGCUCUUCAUUUCAACCAACAGUUCCUGGGGCCCAUCUGUGUGGAGGUACGUGGAGCAACUGAGAAGAUGUGGACCAGUGCGCUGCAGGAAUGUGAAAAUGGAUUUGAUGAUGGCAAGAGAGGGAAACUUCACCCAAUGCCCCAUAGGGAAACUGCAAACUCCAAACAAACUGCCCCUUCAUUACCACUGAGGAAGAGGCGGUCUGAUCAACUGUCGCCGAAUAAUCAGAUUAAAAAGCCAAGACCAUACAGUGACUCAUCAUCUAUCUUAUGUCCAAAAAUGGACUACAUUGUCAUGGCCUGUAACCUACCAACAAAGAUGACAAAGACUGAAAUAAAGGAAUUGUUUCAAUGUCCAAACAUUGCACACAAAAAUGUACUUCACCUGCUGGACAAGGAAGGCAACAGAACAGACACAGCUUUUCUUAUUUUUAACUGCAGUGAGGAUUACGAUUAUGCAAUAAAUCUCAAUGGGUGCCAUGUGGGUUCUGCCAUCAUUGAAGUAUUAUCAAUCACUAAGGGGAAGAUGAAGGACAUGAUGGCUAAAACCCAUCCCAGACGGGUCAUGCCAGACAUGAUGAAACCAAAUCAAAAGAAGAAAUCCGAUCCACUUGAGACACAAGAAAGACCAACCUUGCACUCAAAUACAGAUGCUCAGACGUGCCUGUUUGUUAGAAACCUGCCCUCAGAUGUAAAUGUGAGUCAAAUAAAAAACCUGUUCUGCAAGUACAAACUAAUGGAGGAUAAUAUCAGUUUAUUGCAUGACAGUGAUGGAAAUGGUAUUGGUGAGGCCUUAGUUCAGUUUAGGUCACAGAAGUUAGCAGCCCUGGCUCAAGGGCUCAGUGGUCAGGACUUCCUGGGGGCACAAGUCCUCCUAACCUGCAUUAGUGUAAAGCAGAUGAAUGACAUCUUGGCAAAAACUUUUUGGAAAAGAUGAACAUUGCCCUCACCUUAGCCAAAGACUGAUUGUGAGAUCUUAAUGUUCCUUUCAAGACAUUUUUCUUCCAGCUGUUAUUCUGCUCCAAUUAAUCAACCCAUUGACUCUGUAAACUUUUUUACCAAUCAAAUGUCUUAAUUUUGUUCUGUUAUACUGUUCUUUGUCAAUUUUAAAAUAAAAGUUGUUUGAACACUG